CACUUUUUCUCGCUUGAAUUUCCACCUUAGAAGACAACCCCAACCUUAAAAGACACUCACAAGUGAACUUAAAGCAAUUCGUUGUGUCCGUUUCAUAUUAAUUUUAUGAGAGGUGUAGAGAUGCAGCAACCGAGGCAGAUGUUUCCAGUUAUGUCUUCAUUUCCACCUGCUAACAUUACCACUGAGCAGAUUCAGAAGUACCUUGAUGAGAACAAGAACCCCAGGUAUUUGAAUUCAGCCAGGCUUAGUUCAAACAAGCUCUUAAUCACGUGUUUGCACAUACAGAUGUCUCCACAUCCAGCAAUGCAACAAGGAGGGUUCUAUCUGCAGCAUCCUCAGGCUACAGCCAUGGCUCAGCAGCCAGGUAUCUUCCCCCCAAGAGCACCCUUACAGUUCAACAAUCCACAUCCAAUUCAAGAUCAGCGGCAGCAUCUGACCCAACAAGCCAUGCAAGCACAAAUGGUUUUACGGCCCAGUGGUGCCAGCAAUGAUGCACAAACCACACACAAUGAUGCUAAUCUUGGAGGAGGCAGCGGUAUCCCUACUCCAAAUUCUGGGGUAAAUGAUGUAUGUGGAGGAACUCCCCAAGAUAAACCCGAGGGUCAAGCCACUGGUGCUGGCAGAGAUGGAGAUGAAGCAAAAUAAUGACAAUGUGAAAUUGUGAAUUGAUUAUAUGCGACUGUUGGUAGUAGAUUUCCUGUUGUGGAACUAGUGUGUCUUCUGGCUUUUAUGUAGUUCAACUAGGAACAAAGGGUUCCGCAUCACCUCUUAUAGGAGGCGUAUGAGUAGGUUCGUUGUAUUAGUGUGUCUUACUUCCUAGUUAAGCCUCCAAUGUAGAGAAAGCUUUUGUCUCAGCGUUGAAGCCUGUUGUUCUAUAAUAAUAUAGGACUAGUGACAAAAGUUUUCGUGUUUGUUUAACAUUGUGUACGCUUAUCGUGCUUCGCUGUCUUGAUGAGUAAUUUUUGAGGAUCUUUAUCAUUUA